UUUUUAACUUUUUCACUCCUUUAUAUUCUCUUCAUUAGUCAUGCCAUGGUCUCAAGUAAUAAAGCAGACAGUGAAACAAAGCAGUAAUUGGGUCAAGAAGAACAAGCGACUGGUUAUCAAUUUGAUAAAGCUGGCUAUUAUUACCGCCAUCCUUGCCGGCAUCACUUUCUUUGGAUUGUGUAGAUUAGAAGUGAAUGCCCAUGUGUAUGUUCGAAGCUGGUUCUCACCACCACAGCCACUCGUAGUUGAGCCACUUUCCAAAUGCUUUGAUAACCUACCUCUAGACAGCCCUUACCACCAAGGAAAUCAAAAAUUCAGUGCUAAUUUUGUUCCUGGCUUGCCCGUUUGGGAAGCACAUACUUGUUAUGAUUUUGCCGCUUUAUUUAAACCACAAAGAUACCCUCAUGAAGGUCAAAAAACAUUUCAUACAUAUUGGUCUUCCAACUUGACCGACACAUUUGAGGAAAAGCAAGUAGCAACUCUACGUUCUUUCUCGGCAACACAGAAUUCCAACCACUCAUUAAUCGUUUGGAUCCCGGAACAAGAUGAACACGAAUUAACAUCUUCAGAGUCUUGGAAAUACCUUAGCAAUGCCCAGCAAGAUAAAUCUCGAAUUACUUAUAAACUUGUCAAACCCAAAGAAUUGACAAAAGAUACACCUUUAGAAGAGUUUGUGGAUACCUGGAGAUCUCUUGUUGAGCAAGGAAACGACGGUAAAGGAAAAGACGAUUUAUUGAGGAUGCUUGUUCUCUACCGCUAUGGUGGAGUCUGGUUUGAUUUGGACACAAUGUUUGUUAGAGACUUAUCACCCUUAUUUGAGCAUGAAUGGAUUGCUCAAGGUAGCUGUUCGACUGGGAUGUUUGGAAACCCUUUUACCGGUGCAUUGUUUCAUUUCAACAAGCAAUCACCAUAUGUUUGUGAAAUAUUAGAAGGCGCCACUGAUUUAUUUAAAGCUAGAAUACAACAAGAAAAUGGAGAGACAUCCAUACAGAAGCGUUAUUUGGUCAAGGGUCCUGAAAUCUUUGGAUCCAAGUUAUAUUAUAGAAUUUAUAGAAGAGUGUUGCAUCAUGGAAUUAAGCCUUGGUCUAUCCUCCCUUGGUGUUUUACUGAUCCAUCACAAUGUAAAAGAUCAAACUCUUUACCAAGCUUAUUUUCAAACUCUAAUUUUGAUGAAAAACGAGUGCGACAAACAUUUGCAUAUCACUGGAGAGACAAAUGGUCUGCCACUCCCGGUACAAUCUUUAAGUUUUUAGACUCAAUGCAUAACAAAAAGACAAACUGGUAAUCCCUUUCUUAUUUCUUUAUAUUUAUUUCCCUCUUGUACAAUAUCCCCUUUCUAUUUCCCUUUCCCCAAUUAAUAAAGAACUUUAAAAAAAAAU